AGCGUGAGAAUGCCACUUUAUUAUGUUCCAACUUGUUUUCCGUUUCGUCAUUUUAUUUUAACAACAAAUAUUACAUUUGCGCCAUGUUUCCUGCUUGUUUUUCGGCUUUCGCUUAUUAAAUGUGGCGUGCACGUGUUGGUAAACUGAGGCACACAGACGCGGCCACUCACACUCGCGCAGACACGACAGUCGCCACACCAACACACGCGCAGCUUGGAGUCGCACAGACACGCUCGGCAGACAAUGUGAUUCCGCCAUUAAUAUUAACGUUAAAGGAGCAACAACAAAACGCUCAUCAAACAUGCGGCGUUUAGUAGGCGCACACACACAUACACAGGCACACACACACACACACUCUACACACACGCUUAUAAAAAGGACAAAUGCCUUCUUGCUUGUGUGUGUGAGAGUGAGCGAGCGCGCUGUCGGCCAUUUCCUUUCGUCUUUCGCCUCUUUCCGGUGCGUUGAAUGUUUCGCUUUCCGUUUUCGUUCGCUGCUUGUUUUUUCUUUUUCCACUUUUUUUUGGUGUCUUUCAGUUGGCGUCGAGCGUUUCCUUAAGGCAAACGCAGCUUUGAUUUUCCUUCCGCGUGUGCUGCUCCGCAAAAGGAAAUAUAUUUCAAAAAUAUUUGAAUAUACGCGCGUGUGUUUUCCGAUCACUGAUAUUCGGUGAUAAUGGCUUUGGUGGCCCAUCGAAUGAUGUUGCCUGCGCGGCAUCGACGCAACACCACCCAGCAGGUGGCCCGCAACAAGGUGGGCGUGCUGCUGGUGCCCAGUGUGGCGGAUUACUACGGCGCGGAGAUGGCACCCGGCGUGGCCACGCCUCUGCCCACUCCGGCCGCCUCCCAGCUGCACCUGCCACAGGAUGCGGCAGAAGCAUCGGGCGAUGGCAGCGGCUCAAAAGUGAGUGCAACAAGUCGGUGCAACGACACACAUUCGAUUGGCUGUGCAUGGGAAUGGAAGGAAUUUCCACCGGGGAUUUCCACCAAAAUAACAGCUUCGUUUUCUUGUUUUUCCAUCUCCUACGGUUUAUGUUUUCGCCUUUUUUUUUUUGGCUCCGACUGGCGCCAGCUUUAUUUGGUCAAAUGUGUGUUGUGCGAUUUUGGGGCAUAGUUGUGUUGUUCUUGGUCAUGGUUGGUAUUAGAAAAAAAAAAACACUUUUACUUAAUCAAGUAUACGACAUGUGGCCGUCAGGCCAUAAGGAAUAUUAAAGUGGGCCACAUAUGUACAUAAGUUUGAAAGAUGAAUGAUAGUUGGAAACGGAAAAACCAUGUUCUUUUAAGGCGAACCAAUUUUUUUUAAACAAUUAUUAAAUAACUGUGAUAACAACUGAAUAGCAAUAUACUUUAUGAAUGUUCGUCGCCUUAAAAAGAUAAAAAUCUGCUAAAGCAAAAGUGGUUAAUUGAUUCUACAGUGUAUUUACUGCUUAUAUGCCAACGAACCAAUUAAAACCCAAUUGUUUCUGAUUGAAAUCCCAGUAUUUGAUUAAAAGUUCCGAAGUGCGUGACGAUAAAUUGUUUUUUUACGCCUCAUGGCCUGCUCCGUAAAUCGAAUUUUUAAUCCUUGGCGGCACUGUCGAUGUCCUUAAUUGAAUGGGGUGUGCUCCGUGGCUUUGGGCUGGCUUUGUUUUGGUGCUCGGACGCAAUGGCACCUUCCAUUAUUCCGAUGUUACCACGCGUGAUGAACUUGUCGCCGACCACCACUGCACAGUAGUCCAUAAUUUAUUUAGCCCAAAGGUUGUUCGCGGGGGUGGUGGCACUGACACCGGCUAAAUUAAUCAAUAAUUUCAGCUCUAAUGCAUGGCCUUGACAUGGCAUAAAUAGAAACAACCUGCUUAAAUUAGCCAUGUUCGUUAGCCAUUUAGCCUGCAGAAACAACGGAUUAAAAUAUUAAGUAAACUGAAGUUUGUCGACUUAAGCUGUUUGUUUGUUUUUCCACAAAAGUUAGAUUGUUGAAUUGUAGAGCAAUCAUUUUUAUGAUAUAUAGGUAUUUAUAUAGCCGUGGAUGCCUUUAAGAUUUAACAUUUUCUUUUAUAAAAAAGCUUUAAGUCAACUUAGCACUUCUUGAUUCUUUUACUCAAAAGGGAAUAAAAUCCCUUACAAACAGAGCCUAUCCCAACAAUAACAAUACUGAUGAGAAAGGAAACUCACCACAAUGAAGACAUGAACCUAAAAAGCUUUUGCAGUUAGCUUUAAAGGACCAACAGCAAGCUACUAGCAAAAGCUUUUUAGAAAGCACCUUAAUUUCCAUGGCUUCCUACCUCAAUAAUAGAACCUUGAGUUUCCAAAAGCACUCCGUGGUUAUUCGAUACUGACCAGCUUGCACUGACCAACUUGUUGAUGCCUCGACAGAACGUGCAUUUGUUUAUGUUUAUUGCGUUUGGUUUACCGUCAUUUAUUUAUUAUGACUGAGAAUUAUAUGUAUAAAUUCGAGCAAUGCCCUGAAGUAGUAGAAAUCCGCUGGCAGUUUAUUUCAUUUGGAGCCAUCGGCAGAGUUGGUUUACACUCUACUUCUCCUUUUCCGCGAUGUCUUCCUAUUCGAGAAAGGAUUUCGAGCCAGCUGCCUAUGU